GCUUAUUUUCAGUGAUUUGUCAUAACCCGCGAAGUUCGAAUUUCGGCACAUCAUUUAAGUGGAUCUCGUAAAAAAUAGUCUCGUUCGAUUGUCGAUGCAAUGCGGUCGUGUUUGGAUUACGUGACAUUAAUCGGGACAUAUGUUCUUCUAAUUUUUUGCAUAGCCGCCGAUGCUGGUGGUGGUGGCAGUGGCUCGGGUUAUGGCAUUGUGCCGAUAUCAUCACAUUCGGGCCAUGGUGGAAUUAGCAGUACGAUAAUUAUUGUCGAGGAUGCCAAAGCUUGCUUUAGACGUGUGCUGGCCGGUAAACGAGUUGCCCCGCAUUGGGUGCGACGGACCAUAGCAUGUGAACGGGUCGAGGAAUGUAUGCGUGAGUGCGGCCGUGAAAAACGUUUCACUUGUGAAGGUUUCAAUUACCGGCUGGAUCCUUCCGGGCAUGGUCAGGGUGAUUGUGAGCUAAUUGAAAUACCCUUGGCCCAAAUCGAUUUGUAUUCUAGUGCAAAUCGCAGAGAUUCGAAUCUAUUGCGUCAUCCCGACUAUGAUUAUUACGAGAGGGAUCGUAAUGCUCCACCAAGCUGCCGGUAUAAUGUGUGCAGAGAUUGUAGUAGUAAACUGCCACCGCCCCCACUACCUCCCUCAUCAUCGCACUACAACAAGCCAAGUGGAUCGUGGAUGGAUAAACCACCAUAUAGGGAUGAUCAUUACUUGCCCUCACCACCAAGUGGGGGAAACAGUGGUGGUUACUAUAGUCGGCCUCCACCGGGUAGCAGCAGUUCUUCGCUGGAGCAUUAUGGUCCUUCAGGGCCGUCGGGACCCUCCUAUGAGUCGCAUGGCCGUCCUCCACCGUAUUCGUAUGAGCAUCACAGUGGUUCCCAUGAAUUUUCGUCACACAGUUCGGGUUAUUAUGAACAUUCUUCGCAUAGUGGUUAUGGCAGCAGCGGUUCCGGUUUAGAUCCCAUUGAUCGCUAUGACAUCCAUCAUGGUGAUAGGGACCGUUACCGGCCCUAUCCAUCAAAGUGGGAAGCUUUACCCAGCGGCAGUGGUGGUGGCUAUGAUGGUGGUAAGCAUUCACAAGAACGUUAUCGUCCCCCCUAUCGCCCAGGUCCUGAGUACACACCAUAUCGUCCCUCAGGUUCCCAUGCACCGGAUUCAUAUCGUCCUGGUCCUCCCCCACCUUCCUAUAAUUAUUUAGAUCGUGACCGUCCAUCGACAUACAAAAAAGGUAGUGGUAGCCCCAGUGGUGGUGGUGGUGGGGGAGGAGGGAAAUAUGUGCCCUACCUAAUUGGUACCGACAAUGAAUGGGGUUCCUAUGGUGGCAAUUAUGGUGGCUAUCGUAAUAAACAAACUGCCUAUUGGGGUCUUACAGAUCAUCGUUCAAAACCCAAGGAUCCAAUUGAUUUCAACUACUUCGAUUUGGGACCACCGCCGCGUAAGGGUGCUCCGCCCCAUGAAAGCAAUUCGGUUUUAAGUUAUCCUGGUUCCAGUUAUGGAGGUUAUACCAAACAUGAUGGUUUUGCCGAUCGCUUUGAUUAUCGCCACCAAUGGACCCGGAGGCCUGGACCAGAUGAAUGUUCCGCCAAAACCUCAGAGGGAUUUCGUCUACACAAAAAGAUUGUAAAACACAUCUAUUCCGCACCCAGUUUGACAGAAUGUGAACGGUUGUGCUAUGGUCAGGAUGCUUUUAUUUGCCACACUUUCUCUUAUCGCUACUCCCCUGGAAGUCGGGACAAUUGCAUGCUGUGUGAUCGACCCAUAAAUCGUUUGGACUAUUAUGUGGACAUAGAACCGGAUCGCAACUACGAUAUCUAUUCCAUGUCAGAUGACAUGAACGUUUGUCGGAAGCCCUCGCGAAGUGAUGGCCCAAGAGGAGGUGGGCCUCCAACUACGGCCUUGGCAGAUCCCAGAAAUGCUCAAUGUUUCUUCCGUGCCAUUGAUGCCACACGAUUCUUCAAAUCCAUUGUCAGAGAUUCGUUGACCGUUCGAUCGGUGGGGGAAUGUGAAAUGGAAUGCAUUAAAUCGACGAAAUUCACCUGUCGUGCUUUUGCCUUCCGCUAUGGUCAACAGAGGCAUGCUAGUGUUAUCGAUAACUGCCAACUCAGCGAUUGGCCAGUCAGAGAUAUGGACAAGGAACGCCAUUUGGUGUUGGAUAAGGCAUUUGAUAUUUUCGAGAGAGCCAGUUAUGGACAUGGUUGUGAAAUCCAGCCCAUCGUUGAUGAGAAACACAAAAAAUCCUUCUGCUAUUUGGGUUAUGGUUCGGCUGCCAAGCUACUGCCACCGGCGAUAAAGAAAGUCAUUACGACUCCCUCUGAAAUGGAGUGUAAAAAGGAAUGUAUGCGCUUCCGGGAUACCACGUCCUUUAAGUGCUACUCCUUUAGUUAUGGCUCACGCAAAGCCACCUUCAAUUGUGAAAUGUCCGAUUUGGAUCAAACCGAAUUGAAAUUGAAUGUUCAUUACACUCACACCGAUGAUAGAGAUUUUUGGUUAUUUGCUUGGAAUCCAUUCGAUUAUACAUGUCGGGAUAAGGUUAACACCAUUGGUGGUUCAAGGGUUAAUAAUAAUCGUCGCAUGGACAUCUUUAGGGAACCAGGUGAUUUGGCUUGGCAUCACUAUUCGGUAUCGGGCAAACCUUGCCGCCGCAAUAGUCCUUGUGAGAAAAAUCUCAUAACCGGUUUCUAUUCAUGUGAAAUUGAGGGUGGUGAAAUUGGCUCGUGGGAUUAUUGCUGUAAGAUGGAUCAUCCUUGUGGCUAUUCGAAAGGAUUCGACUAUCCAUGGUGCUUUGUUGGUGACGAACCAGAUCAAUGGCGUAAAUGUAGCGAUCGUUACUAUCCUGGCAAUCAUACCCUCACACAUUCCGGUCUCAGUGUUAAACCUCUAAAACCCAGCGAGAAACGCAAACCCUCCGACAGAUAUUCAUCGGCUGCCUCAACAUCUGAAGAAUAUCAAAAACCACCCAGACCUGGCGGCUUGCAGAAUUUAAGCGAUUUCACAGCUGCCCGUCUUUGGCCUGUUACAUAUCUCUACAGUGAAGGUCCACCGAAUUCCACCGAGUUUAGUAAUUUUGUCGAUUGCAACAAGGAAUCGUGCUAAUUUCCAAGCAAGAAACAAAAAACAAACGCAAAAACAAAAGAAAUAUCUAUGCAAUGUAACCUAAUCUUAAUCUAACCUACAAGUAUUUAGUUUUGUGUUUAAGCAUUUAUAUACAUGUACUUUUAGUUUUUAUUUGUAAUAUGUCUCCCCUUUUUUUGUAAUUUUUCUUUAAUUAUUGUAGAUUGUCUAACCGAAAUGUGAUCCUCUACCGCUAUCCUUAUCCAUUUCCUUUGUGAAAUUUCUAAAAAUUUAAUAACAAAAAUGAGAUUUAAAAUUGGUUUGGUUUCCAUAGCUCCCUAAUGCAAAUAGAAUAAGUGCGAUUUUAGUACAUACAAACAAUUUUUUUUGGGUUCUAGCAAGUAUUUUAUUUUAUAAUUAAAAUGGUAUUUUUAUUUUGCAGCUAAGUAACAGAAUAAUAUUGAUUUUUGUAACUUUUAGGUUAGAUAUUGCUUAAAAUGGACACUGAUGAUGAUAAUGAUAAUAAAGCAAAUUAAAGUUUUAAUAAAAAGUA